GUUGGUGUCGCUGUAACUUAUUCGUGCGCGGAUUUUUGUAACGUCGAGUUUACGUAGUCCGCUCUGCGAGAAACUAUUUCUCCGACUUUGAGAGUGAAACUGCUGUUUGAAUGGUUCUCUAAGAAAAAUUAGCCAUAUUUGAUCAGUUCAGCCUCCAUUAGAGUGAAAAUAGAAGCUGAGAUGGGGGAUGAAGCAGGACCUGCAGAGCGAGAAGUUGCAUCGCUUCGCUUCCAGCAGCUAUGCCGUCUGAAGAUCUUUGAUGAGAUGCCGGAGAGUCUCACGCCCCCAGAGAGACUCCAUCUUCUUGCUGUAUCCAACAAAUAUGGCUUCACUUUUGUAGGAUCAGACACGGGUGUAAAGAUCUUUCAGACCACAGAACUCGGCAGGCUCGAUGAGCUCAAUAGAGAUUCAACAGGGGCUGUUGUGAGUGAUUAUGACUGCGUCAAAAUUACUCUUGGUACCAGGCCCCUCCAUGUUGCAUUGAAUAACAGCGAGCUGAUUUUGUCAGUGUGCUACCAACAAGGCAAGAAUCUUGUUCUGAACCUUUAUGAUGUCAGAGUGGUUACAAAGAAAGGAACGUCUCAUUCGCCUUUCCUGACUUCGUUCCUCUCUCAAGACCCUCAAGUCAAAUUGGUCAACCUGGUCUGGAAUCCCGGUUUCGAGCCUCUCCUUGGCACAUGUUUGUCGGAUGGGAACUGCAUGAUAUGGGAUAGCUCAGACAAAGCACUCAGGCCCCUAGCAUGCCUGCCAGCGGAGGUUGGCACUACUGCAAUUUGCUGGUCUCCUAAAGGAAAACAGAUGGUUGUAGGAACAUCCAACGGUGAGCUGAAGCAAUUCAAUCAUGCAAGUGAACUUAAGAAGAUUGUCAAGUCACCGGAUUUCACCCAAGAAGCAGUCAAAGUCGUGGAUAUCUACUGGUUGUCAACCUAUAUGUACAUUGUGGCUUACAUUGAUGCUGAGGAGUCCUUACAACCAAACAUUGUUAUUGUCCAUGCUCCGAAAGAGAGACCAGUUAGCUAUAUCAAUUUCGAGGACGUCUGUUUCGGGAGCUGUGAGGAGAGAGCCGCCUGUUACUACAUGCAAUACCUUGAUAAGUGGCAAUUUGCGAUCACCUGCUCCAGCAACUCCAUGGAUGGCGCUGUUCUCGGAAGACAGCAGGAGAACAAAGACUUGUGGGAGAUCUGGACAUUGGAUGACGCGGCAAGGAUCGAGGUACCCCUCUGUGACCACGAGGAGACAAUGCCGCUGGGAAUGGCCACGGAUUAUACAUCGCAGAUCAACAUCACCAUCAAGCAACACACACUUCCCCCUGCACCCAUCCUAAUGGUAUUAUCCAGUGAGGGUCUGCUUUGCCCUUUCUAUGUGAUCAACCUGGAAGAUGCUGAGGGUAACACAAGGAAGCCACAACCAUUACCGACUGGAGGGGAGCGAAUCGGAACAGGUACUGCAGUACAGAUCCUACCAUCUGCAGGAGCUCAGCCUCAGCCAAGCAUCGGCCAGGCAACGACAGCCUCAUUGUCAUUCACAUCCCCUGCCCCAGCCCCUUCAGCUGCUCCUCCUAAGAUCCCAAGCACUGCUUCCUCUGCCCCUGCCCAACCAGCGUUUGGUGCAGCAUCAGCAGCAGCAGCCAGUGGUCAGCCAUCCAUGUUUGGUGGCUUCAGUGGUGGUGCAGCAGCGGCAGCUGGUUCAUCUGCAGGUUUUCAGUUCAAGCUCCCAGCAUCCACGGCUUCAGCUGCUCCUGCUAGUUCAGGACCCCAGGCAUCAUCGACCAUGACGACUCCUAUGUUUGGAGGUAGCAAGUCUUCUCCUUUUGGAGGAUUCUCUUUCAGUGCUCCCCAGACCAGUACACCAUCUUCCACAGCAGCCACUACCACACAGGCCAGUGGGCUCAAGGGGUUUUCCUUCGCAGCGCCCUCUCAGUCUGUCCAACAGCAAGCACCAUCCACUCAAGGGUUCAGUUUUAAAGCUGCUUCUGCUCCUUCUGGCUUAUCUAAUGCUCCUUCGAGCAAUGCUUUUGGGGCCUUUCACAAGCCGAUCACCACGACUGCAACUCCUGCACCCAGUGUCCAGACUACACAGUCUUCAGCCAAACCUGUUCAACCUGAACAACCAAAGGGACCUCCCAAUGCUACGGCACCAGGAGGCAUGGGAGGCUUUGGACAACAAGGUUUAUUUGGCAGAGGUCCACCGAAUGCGGUUGCCCCUGGAUUUUCAGCUGCCCCGACCCAAGGACAACUAGGUGGUGCAGCCCCAGGUCCACCAAAUGCAGUUGCCCCAGGAACAGCAAGUCAUUCACUCAAGCUGGGUAGUGCACCAGCGGCGGCACCAGCAGCAGCACCAACGGCAGCCACACCAGUCAUAGGAUCAGUUUCUCAAGGAUCAGCCUCCAUUACCACCAAGUUCACUGUCCCAAAGACAGCUGCAGCGGUGGGACCAUCACUUUCUGCUCCACUCACUUCGAUUGCAGCAGUGGCACCAACUUCGAUUGCUGCUGUUGCGCCCUCUUCAGUUGCAGCUGUUGCACCUACCAGAUCAACUCCUGCUUCUUUUGGUCCACCAAAUGCUGUUGCACCUAAUCAAGGACCUUCGUCAUUCAAUGAAGCCAAACCUAGCAAGGACGUACCAGAUGCACAUAGAGUAGCGGUCGGAAAGCCAGUCGCCAUUGUACAGCAGACACCAAAGGCUACUGCAGAUGUCAUCAGCUCUUCAAGGAUCCCUGCUACUUCCACUCCUGCAGCUAGUGCUAAACCUGUCACUGCUGCUCUGCUCUCCAAUAUCAAAGAAGAGAUGGAGCAUUUCACCAAGGAAUUGAAUGAGCUGAAGGCAAGGGCUGCAACAGGACACCAUUCUGUUGGAUCUACCCAGGAUCUUCAACAGAUCUGCAAAGGUGUGGAUGACCUUGCUACCUUCAAAGAAGAAGUCCUGGAAUGUACAAAGUCACAUAAUGAAGACAUUCACGGCCUCAAGGCCAAGCUACUUAACUCCUUUAGCCUGGUUGAGGAGAGCCGCCUCAGGAAACAGCGCUCCAAGGAUCCACGCUACCUCCAGCUCCUGCGCUCCAGGGGCCUGGAUCCACAGUCAGCCAAGCAGAUGCAAGAGAUCCGCUCCUUGUAUCACUACCUGGAGACAGGAGUCAGGGAUACCAAUGCCUGCCUGGAUCUGGAGUGGGAGAAGAUCACCCAUGGAAAGGGAUCCAAAUCAACCAGGAGAAUGGUGACCCCCACCAUGGAUACCAUCUACCAGACCCUGGGAAACCAUGUCAACAUCCUGACAACCCAGAAGAACAAGUUGAUAGAUCUUCGGAAGCAACUGACCACCGCACAGCGUUACGAUGUCACCUCGACAUUCAACGCACUUCCAUCAUCAAAGAUCAAGCUGAGCACCAAUCCUUCAUCCCUUGCUACCAGACUUGCUGAGGUUAAGGUGAGUGGUGCUCCUAAGGCCCGGAGCACACCUAUGUCAGCUAAGAAGCAAGCCAUGCUGAGAGAUGUUCUCUCACAGAGACAGACCACACCCAUCAGAUCAGCACCAAGAGCUGCUCUUGUAACUUCUUCAAGAGGGGGUUCCCCAUCAGAAAUGGAUGAUUUCCCUCUCCCUCCAGAGCGACGUCUCCGGUUCCCAUCCGGCGAAUCCCCACCUUAUGGUGGUAGCCAGGGGGAUGGGCGUCGCCCUGCCCACCAUGCUGGCAGAACAGAUCUGAGAGGUGUAGGUGUUACCACCUCGGCUACAGCACCACAAACUGCCCCUUCUCAACCUUUGACCACCCAAACAGCACCCCGCCCUGCCACUACCCUGUCAACCCCUUCCCCUCAACAACCCAUGACACGCAGCACGCAACCACCCGCCCAACCCCAGCGAACGGUGGCGCCACCGCUAUCAACGCUCAACGUACCUGUCAGCCCCAUCCAGCCCGGAGCUGGGAUGGUCACAUCAACGCCCCUCCCUCAGGGUGCGCAGGGGAGCAGCCUGACCACACCCAAGGGGCAGGCUCCAACACCGGCGACAUCCAGCUUCUCACACACAGGGUCUGGGACGGUCUCCUGGGGCCUGACAGGUGCAACAGCAAAGGCGACAUCACCAGGACAACAAGCUGGCGUGGCAGCAAUAAGCCGCGCCCAGUCCAUCAAAGCUGGUAACACCCCGGUAGAGAAACCCAACCCUCCUGUGGUGAACAUCAAGAAUCUUGAUACCAUGAAGGGGACCAUGCCUCCACCAGUCACCUUCGCACCUGUUGCCAGUACUGUUGAUGCCGGGACAGCUAAGGUAGUAACCCAAGUUAUAGCUGAGAUGGCCAUGGCUAGCGGUGUGAAGCUCCCACAACCAGGAACAGUUGCUAGUGCCUCCGGUCAUUCCCUACCACAAUCCCCCACAGGGAGGAAACCAACCACCCCUAUCACCACCCAAGCCACAUCAUCGGCCAUCGCCAUGACAACUGUAUCCCUUUCUUCCAAGCCGGUGUUAAGCACCAAUGCAGCACCCUCCGUGUCCUUGUCCAUCCCGAUCUUAUUGCCUACUUCUCAGCCUGCAGCUGGCGCUACCGCAGCCUCUGGUGGGAGCAAGCCAGCAGGAGCAAAAGCAGACAAUCCAUCCGCAUUCUCUUUAACGGCUAAACUGCCAUCUUCCACUGCAUCUGGUGUGGCAUCCAAAGGAUUUACCUUCGGUGAUAAACCUGUGGCUGCUCCCUCUGCUUCGGGUCUUUCAAGUGCUUACACCUUUGGUUCUAAACCCAUCACAUCUUCAGCUGCUGCACUCCCAUCUGCUAAAGGUGAUGCAGUGAAUCAGCCAGCUGUAAGCACCGAGUCGGGUGUCAAGCCUCAGAUCUUUGAUUUCUCUGGUGCAGCCACCAAGCCCAAGGCUAACGUGUCAACUCCUGGUGGCUAUUUCUUUGGAGCUCCCUCAUCAACAGUUGCAAGUUUUGGAGCACCGGCUACGACCAUUGCAACAAUAUCUGGUACUAAGACAACGUCGGCUCUUGCAACGGCCACCUCGCAGUCUACCACAGUCAAAACAAGUGCUCCUCCACCAAGUGCCCCUAAGGUGAAAGAAGAUGCCAAAGGCAAGGAUGAAAGUGGAACAGGAAAACCUACAGCUGCCACAGAUGAAGCAGGAACUGGUGCUGCCACCAAGCCGUCUACUGGAUUUGGGUCAUCAAGUCUUCUUGGAGACAUGUUGGACAAGCCCCCUUCAGGAGGAAGUCUUCUUGGUGCCAUGUUGGAUAAACCUGCAGCAAGCAAGCAGCAAACUUCCACUGCAGAAGAUGAGAAUGCCAAGCUCCAGCAGUCCACAAAGAGCAUCCUGAGCGGAGUGACCUUCCCGACCGGCACUUCUGCAGGAGCUUCACAAAGUGGGACAGCAUCUCCUGGACCAGCUGCUCGUAAUCUCUUCGGGACCACACCAAGCACUUCUGCAGUGUCAGGAUUGGCUACUACCACACCAUCAUUUGGAACUUCUGGUCUGUUCUCCUCACUUGCGAACACGUCGAAGGGAUUAGAAGCAGCCACAGCUACGACAGCUCCUGCCCCUCAGACAGCAUCCUCUGCCCCUGGAUCACUCUUUGGAAAGACAACUUCUCCUGAGUCUCUCUUUGGUGCACAACCAACAUCAUCCACAACAUCAGCAGGAUCAACAGCAACUACCACUGCCCCUUCCACUGGCUUUGGUGUGUUUGGACAGCCGACAGGUGCAGUAUCCACUAAACCUUCCCUCUUUGGUCAAACUUCAACAGCUGCGACUUCUUCUGCUCAGACCACAUCUGCCCCAUCCUUUGGCCAAUCGCCUGGUCUCUUUGGACAGACCUCAAGCGGAGGACCGUUUGGCUCUGCUGCUGGUGGUUCUGGAGGGUUUACCUUUGGAGGACAGCCGACUUUGGGUUCAGCAAGUCAGGAUCCAAAGAGUGUCUUUGGAGCAUCCCAACCAGCAGCCAGCACUGCCACUCCUGUAUUUGGGGGCUCUCAGACAAGUAACCUGUCGUUUGGUCAACUAGCCGGCAGUGGUAGUACGGCUACUUCAUCUGCUUCAGGAGGAGGGGGAAUGUUUGGUGCUACCAAGGCUGCCAGCAGUACUGGUGGAGGAUUUUUCAGUGGCCUUGGUGGUAAGCCUGAUCCAGAGGCUGCUAAGAGGAAUCCGUUUGGUCUUGAAACGACAUCAUCCGGCUUUGGAUCUCAGUCCUCUGAUACAAGCAUAUUUGGAUCUUCCACUAGCAAGACUUUUGGAGCUUCCCAAACAGCACCUGCUUUUGGCAGUCCUAGCAGCUCUGCCUUUGGUACCAGCUCUGGUGUUGCUAACACAGGAUUUGGUGGGUUUGGUCAACCUGCCUUUGGCCAAACAAAUACAGCUUCACCUGGGUUUGGCUCUCCCGGAGUAGGGGCUGGUGCUGGUGCUGGUGGACUAGGAUUCGGCACUGGGGCAACUUUCUCCAACCCUCUUGGAGGGUCACCCUUCGGUAGCCCUCAACAAGGGAGCUCACCCGGUGUCUUUGGGCCCAGCUCCCCUGCGGCUUCCACAGGGGGAGGAUUUGGAACUUUUGCCAGCCAGGCUGCUCCAUCUUUUGGAGCCUUGGCUGGAUCGGGAGGAGGCUUUGGCCAGCAGCAGCAGCAACAGCAGCAGCAGAGCUCCGGCUUUGGAGCAUUUGGAGCAGGUGGAGCUAAUAAUACAGGAUUUGGUGCCUUUGGUUCAGGAUCAAACAAUGCCUUUGAUGGAGCUAACACUGGCAGCCCUGGGUAAGUGUUAACUCCUUGCUC